GAAAUGAGAAAGGGGGAAAGAGAAAGGGGAGGCGUCCUCUGGCGUCGUCUCGCUGCUCGCUCUGACAAGUAAAGAGUUAACGGGGCGGUGGGUUUGCCCAUUCUCCCACUUUGAGUGACGCGAUCGUCUCUCUUCUUCAGCCCAAGUUUGCUUUUUUAGCAGAGCGGGCGGCCGAGCGGCUUGGACGCGGACUGUGCGCGUGUUGUCGUGUGUCCGAGCGCGUCCGUGCGCGUGCGUAGGAGAGAUCCUCGAGCACAUCCACACGCAAACAAGCGUGAUGAUGACUUUCUGCUCUCCGGCGGACUCCUCGAUGUUGUGCCCAGGCGUGAAGCUUUCUCUCUGAGCAGAAGGUGGAUCUUUCCGAAAACGGCGAGUGGCUUUGUCGAGUGUGGAGGAGAAAAAAAAGGAGGAGUUUGGCGGAAAUCCCCACAAAUACGGUCACAAAUGCCACGGAGGAAACAAGAGGCGCCCAAGCGCGCGCCAGCAUCUAUCCAAUUAGCCAAAAGGCUGAUGGAGUCCUGACAGGCCUGGUGAUUGGAGAUGACAAGCUCGGGGUGCCCGGCCGAAUGAGGUGACAAAUGGGCCCGCGUACCUGCAUCAGGUCUUGAGUGCUCUUAACAACCGGGGGCAGGUGGCUUUGUAACCUAGCUGAGCAAAUGCAAAUGUACAGCCUAUUCUCCGGAGGAGCUGACAAAGCGCCCUGCAGAGGAUGAGGAGACGGAAGCAGGCGACCUGCCCUCAGCCCCUCAGGAUGACCUUCUCAUGAAAGAUGAGAUUGUGGAGAAAAGAUUCAGGCCUGCCAAGGACCAAGCAUGUGACCUGGAAUCGGUAGAGGCUGCAGAGCUGUCAGGGCAAGAGAUGGACAGCGAGUCACAUGUAAGCGAGAUCAGUGAUUGCCUCUCAGACUUUGACAGCCCUUCUAGAAAAACUGAAGCUAACUUGUGCACAACGCCUCUAAAUGGGGGCACAAAGACACCCCCGACUGGUAUGGACACUUUGGAACAUAUGAAGGCCAUCUAUUCCAGCUUCCUGACUAGUCCUCUUUGGGCCCCUCUGAACUUUAAUACAAAACCAACACAGGUGCCACCAUCUGCUUCGACGGAGAAGCCAACUCGCAGCAACAGCACCAGUAGUAGCAGUAGCUGUAGCAGUAGCAGCUAUGACUGGCAUCAGUCAGCGGUGGCAAAGACACUUCAACAAAAUACCCCCCAGAGUCGUCAUACUGCCCAGUCUGAGCCUAGCCUGUUUAGCACAGUCCAGCUCCACAGGCAAAAUCCAAAGCUGUUUGGUUCAAUAUUUACCGGGGCCAGCAAGUUCCGCUGCAAGGGCUGCAGUGCUGCUUAUGACACACUGGUAGAGCUCACAGUCCAUAUGAAUGAUACGGGCCACUACCGUGAUGACAACCAGGAUAAGACAGGAAAUGGUGCAAAGCGUUGGUCCAAGCCCCGUAAACGGUCUCUUUUGGAAAUGGAGGGCAAAGAGGAUGCCCAGAAGGUUUUGAAGUGCAUGUACUGUGGCCACUCCUUUGAAUCUCUGCAAGACCUUAGCGUCCACAUGAUCAAGACCAAACACUACCAGAAAGUGCCUCUAAAAGAGCCCAUGGCCCCCGUGGCCACAAAAAUUUUGUCCUCUAAAAAAAGGGGACUAAUGGGGCAAGACCUCACCGCUUCACCACGUUCAAGAGAAGGAACCCCAAAAGCAAAGCACUUGCAUUCAGACUUGAGUGAACCCUCGCAAAAACAUUCUUCCAGCCCCUACACAGCCUCAAGUAACCGUUAUGCUCACCAGAAUGGUGGUAGCUAUGCCUGCCAGUUUGAAUCCAACAAAUUGCAGAUCCUCAAAUGUAUGGAGUGUGGGAGUUCACACAAUACAUUGCAAGAGCUGAGAACCCACAUGAUGGUGACUGGGCACUUUCUGAGUGUGACGAACUCUGUAGGAAAGAGAGCCAAAACGCUUCCUGAGGCCACCUCCCCCAACCCCGGGAGAGUAACCACACCUACAGAGCCACGAGUUCAAUCUGUCCCACUGGCACCCUCCACUUUCUCUCCUCCACCUCUUCAAACCUCUUCAACUCCCCCUGCCACUUCUCCUCCUCUCAAAGAGAUCAAAAGGGAGGAGGUUGAGGAGGAGUGUACAAAGCGAGAGGACCUUGGAAAUGAAAAACAAAUUGUAAUUUCAGUCAGGAAGAAAGAAGAUCCAGAGAAGGAGGAGAAAUAUGAUAUCUCUAAGUAUAACUACCUUACUGAAGAUGACUUGAAGGAGGGUCCUAAAGUAGGGUUGGAUAUUCUGAAAUCACUGGAAAACACUGUGACAUCAGCUAUCAAUAAGGCCCAGAGUGGGAAUCCAAGCUGGGGGGGGUAUCCUAGCAUUCACGCAGCUUAUCAGUUCUCCAGUGCCAUCAAGCUGCAACAGGGUAGCGCUGAAAAGAGCAGCUCAAUGAAGUUCUUGUUUAAUGGUGGUGAUGGAGUAUUGUCCUCCCUUGCCAGCAACCAGCCUCUAAUUAGCCCACCUCUUACCCAGUCCUCCCCCUUUCCCAGCAACAACUUCCAGGCAAUGGAGGAUUUAGUGAAAAAAGUGACUGAGAAAGUAGCAAAAGUAGAGCAGAGGGUGAAGCGGUUGUCUCCCAAAAGGGAAAACCAUCUCUCCCCCUGCAAAAGUGAGGCUUCUGAAUUGCAUAAGAGCAGAGAGGCUGACUCACCUAGGGAAUUGAGGGCAGUCACCCCAGCCAAUAGUGACAGGGGAAUCCAAAGCGACCGAGUAUCCCCGGCAACAGAAACCAAGAGAGAGACAGCAGUCAAAUCCCCACAUGCCUCCGAUUUAACAUGCAGCACUGCCAUCAUCACUGGCCACACUCCUCCUGAACAGCCCUUUGUCAAUCCUCUAAGUGCUCUUCAGUCAGUAAUGAGCAUUCAUUUGGGGAAAGCAGCCAAGCCCUCCUUGCCAAACCAAGAUCCCUUGAGCCUGCUGUCUAGGUUCAGCCAGAGCAUGGCUGAGAGGGCUGCUGUCGCCGCCCCUCCCUCCCAGACCAAGAAGCUUGAAACUGUAGCUGAUAAUAGUUUUUGUCAGCCCAGUGAUGACCAGCCUAUGGACCUCACAAAAGGGAAAGGUGAGAAAGGAGUAUCUGCAGCAUCAGUUCCCUUAACGCCUUCAUCCACUGCCCCCUCCGUCUCACCUUCCUCUCUUGUCACCCCUGCACAGCUAACAGUAGUUUCUCCCUAUACAUGCAACAGCCCUUUGCAUGAGAACGCCUUGUCUGAUAUCUCAGACAUGCUGAGAAACCUCACACAAACACAGCCCGCCCCAAAACCAGCGUCUCGGUCACGAGUCAAUGAUAGAGUUGAGGGCCUAGUUUCUAUAUGUGAUGAUGAUGAUGCAGCCCUGCAUGGUCACAAACGCAAGGGUCGACACUCCAGCUGGAACCCCCAGCAUCUCCUCCUCUUGCAGGCACAGUUCGCCUCCACCUUGAGGCAGAGCUCCGAGGGCAAAUACAUCAUCAACGAUCUCAGCCCACAGGAGAGAAUGCAUAUAUCUCGUUUCACAGGUCUCUCAAUGACAACCAUUAGCCACUGGCUGGCUAAUGUCAAGUACCAGCUAAGAAGAACAGGCAGAACCAAGUUCCUGAAAAACCUGGACUCCGGUCAGCCUGUAUUCUUCUGUAGCGACUGUGCCUCACAGAUCCGGACCCCAGCAGCUUAUGUUGGUCACCUGGAAGCUCACCUCGGCUUUCGAAUCAGGGACUUGGCUAAGCUCUCACCAAAACAGACUGUCAGGGACUCCCACACUCUUGCCGAGAAGCUCACACCCCUGGAGUCAUACGUGUCGCCACAAGAAGACUGCAGUGGUAAUGGCUCUGUGUACCGCUGCCAGCUCUGUGUCCGUAAAUUUGCCACUAAGCAUGCAAUCAAACUUCACCUCAGCAAGAGUCACGGGAAGUCUCCAGAAGACCACUUGCUGUAUGUGUCCGAGCUAGAAAAACACUAGUGUGCUCUCAUCAGUCAAAAAAAUGGAUGAAGUUCUGUCGAAUUUGUUGAAAACAACAAAUCAAAAUUGUGGUAUAAUGCACUAAGAUGCCAAGAACUACUACUGGUAAAAAGUGUCAGCACAAAGAAUUUAGUCUAUUCGGUCUAUAAGAUUUUCAAGAUUCUCUUGUCUUUAAGAAAAAGAAAAAGGAAAAAAGACCAAACAUUUUCAGAUCAACUUUGAAUGUGCAGAUAUUCAGCCAAAUUUGUCGGUAUUUGUGCCAUCUGUCUCAAUGUAUGUGCACCUUUUGGUGUGAAAAGACAAAAAGUAAAAACUAUAUGUCCACAAAUAACUUGAAAUUUAUCAACAAUAUUUAUUUUUAUAUUUUUGUUUUGAUUUGCUGGUAAACUGCAUGUUCAGAUCUUACAUUUGUACAGUCCUGUCCUGUUCUGCCCCAAGUUUUGAAAUGAAACUUGUAAUUGGUCUUCUUAUAAGAUGAUUGGUCUUGUUAAAACAGCUUAAAACAACCAAAUGCUUCUAAAAAGCUCUUUUAAAUAAAUCUGCCAAACAGUUAAAUUUUAUUUUAAAAUGUAUUUCUAUGUCUAUCUUUGGAAUUUCUUGCUGAUUGUUAAAAAUUCACUGUACUUUAUAAUUGAGUAAGAGACAAAAUGCAAGUCUGUUCAUGUAAAAAUGUACAUAUAGUGUAUAUGCUUACAACUUGCUGUUUAAAUUAUGCAUUUCUUAAUUUAAAAGGACUAUGACUAUCCACUGGUGCAGAGCCUUGAAGAAGAAUAAAAGGUCAAUGUUUUGCACACUAGUUUUAUAAAUGUUAUUUGAUAAAGGAAAAAAAAAACUACUAUGUUAAUGCCUUGUGCUUCUAUUAUUAAACUGAAU